CGAGCCCAUUAAGGGGUCCAGUUCAAUUCUGGUUGCUUCUUGAGGUUCCCUUGACGCGACGGAACCAAGUCAAAGUCUAAGUUGAAGAUCUGAAACCCUAGCAAUCGAUCGUUUUGUGGUGUGAUAAGGGAUCGUGUCUGUGUAAGUUGAGAAUUGUGAUUUGAGGAAGAUGCCUCAGAGACACUCGAAGAACAACAACGAUCUCGCGUUCUUCACGUACGACGAGAAGCGAAAACUAGGAUAUGGGACUCAGAAAGAGAGGUUGGGGAAAGACUCCAUCAAGCCCUUCGACGCGUGUUGCCUCUGCCUCAAAUCCCUAAUCGAUCCCAUGAGCUGCCACAAGGGCCACCUCUUUUGCAAAGAGUGCAUUCUCCAGUGUCUAUUGUCUCAGAAGAAAGACAUUCAAAGGAAGCUUGCAGCCCAUGCUGCUCAGCAGAAGCAAGAAAAAGAGGAGGAAGAAGAGAAGUUAAUGUUGCAAAAGGCCAAAGAGCUUGAUGCAUUUGAUCAACAGAAUCAUGGUGCUGUUCCACAAUAUAGUGACAGAAAUUAUAGCCGUGAUAAGAAUGGUUUCCAUGGGGCAAACAGUGUGAAGGUCACUUCCUAUGAGGAAGAAGCCCUUCGGACAAUGAAGGCAUUUUGGCUGCCUUCUGCUACGCCCGAAGCUUCUGUUAAAGUAGAGGCACCUUCUACCAGUACUAUCUGUCCGGAAGGCAAGGAGAAAUUGAAGUUGAAGUCACUUUUCCCUGUCCAGUUUACCGAGGAUACGAGUGAGCAGAAAAAAUCCAAGGCACUUGACAAGACCUACAUUUGCCCAAGCUGCAAAGUUACUCUCACCAACACAAUGUCGCUUGUGGCCCUCAGUUCAUGUGGGCAUGUCUUUUGCAAGAAGUGUGCUGAUAGAUUUAUGGCCGUUGAUAAAGUCUGUCUUGUCUGCAACAAGGCUUGUAAAGAGAGAAAUUUGGUGAGUUUGGAGAAGGGAGGAACAGGUUUUGCUGGUCAUGGGGAUCAUCUUCAAGCCACAGACUUCAAGCAUUUGGGAAGUGGUAGUGGAUUGGGGCUGGUUAGACCUGCAAUGAAAACUUGACGCCUUAUAUAUUGAUUUGGGUCGUUAGGUGUAUGAUUCUCUAUUCAGGGAAAGAAAAUUAUGUUUUAACUUCUCUUAAUGAUGUUGUUACGUCGUUAUCAUGGUAAUCAGAAUCUGUGUUAUCUA